CUAUCGUUGAAUAAAAUUACCCUGAUUAUCAGUCUAAUCUUUUCCAAUCUGUCAACAAGAAUUAUAUUAUUCAGUCACGUAAGGAUACCUGUCCUAAAACUCACCAGACGCCUGUAGCAAUGGCUGAGGCCGAUCAGGAAAACAAUCCUGCUAAGCCAGACAGCGCUGACGAGGACACAGAUGAAGAGAGCGAAGUGCUUGAAGAAAGUCCAUGUGGAAGAUGGCAGAAGAGGAGGGAGGAGGUUGAGCAAAGAGAUGUACCAGGCAUUGAUAGUGCCUUUCUUGCUAUGGAUACAGAAGAGGGUAUGGAAGUGGUUUGGAAUGAGGUGUAUUUUUCAGAGAACAGAAAUAGAAAAGCUCAGCAUAUAGAAGGGGAGGAAAAGAUUCGUCAAGUGUUUGACAACCUGAUACAACUGGACCAUCCAAACAUUGUGAAAUUCCACAAGUACUGGACUGAUACAAGUGGUGAUAAACCUAGGGUGAUAUUUAUAACUGAGUAUAUGUCAUCUGGUUCUCUCAAACAAUUCCUGAAGAAAACAAAGAAAAAUAACAAAACAUUCCAGUUAAAGGCUUGGAAAAGAUGGAGUACACAGAUACUUUCUGCUCUAAGUUAUCUACAUUCAUGUAAGCCGCCUGUGAUACAUGGCAAUCUGACCUGUGAUACUAUAUUUAUACAGCAUAAUGGACUCAUUAAAAUUGGAUCUGUUGCCCCAGAUGCAAUGCACCAUGUGAAAACAUACAGAGAUGAUCUGAAAAACAUGCACUGUGUUGCACCGGAAUAUGGAUCUGGAAGAGUUACCACUGCUGUAGAUAUCUACUCAUUUGGAAUGUGUGCUCUAGAGAUGGCUGCCCUUGGUAUCCAAGGAAAUGGAGAGAGUGGAAAUGUGAUCACAAUGGAAGCCAUAGAUAAAACACUCCAGUCAAUAGAAAAUCCUCUGCAGAGGGAUUUCCUAGAGAAAUGUUUAGAGAAAGAUCCAGAGAAACGACCUACUGCCAGAGAUCUGCUAUUCCAUUCUGUUCUGUUUGAAGUCCAUUCAUUAACAUUACUUGCUGCUCAUGCCAUUGUAAAUAAUGCACAACUAGUAGAAAAUAUAGCUGAAGAUACCCAUAUAUUGAAGUCAGAACCGAAAAAAGUGAUAGCUGAAAUUAAAUACAGUGGAGACCAGGAACCAACUUUAAUGAGAUUCUCUCAAGUGCAAGGGUUAGAACUAGAAAAAUUCUUAGAAGAUGUCAGGAAUGGCAUUUAUCCACUCACAGCAUUUGACUUGCCACAGCCACCAAACACCCGACAAAGGCCCAUAACUCCAGAAACAACAGAACAGGAGAAGACAGAAACACCAGAACCCAUGGACGUAGAGUCACGGCGCGUUACAAACAUGACAUGUCAAAUCAAGCGUUUACAAGAAAACAUGUCGUACCAUCUGGUUCUUAUCCUUCGUAUGGAUGAUAAAAUGAAUCGUCAGCUAGAGUGUGAUUUUGGAACGGAAGAUAAUGCCUCCAUCCUAGCAGAAGAACUAGUUCAUUAUGGAUUUAUUAAUGAGCAAGACAAGGAUAACCUAUCUGUCUUCCUGACGGACCACCUGCGAGAUGCCGCACUGGUAAAUGGAGUUCCAGAAGACAUUACACCACAAGUGCCUAUCUCUGUCUCUUGAAAAUUUAUAGCCAAUGAAAUCAUUAGGCCAAUCAUAUCUUGUGUCACAGCUUGGUGUGUAGAGGAGGAACUUCUGAUCAGAGCAGUCAAAGAGCUUGUCUCAUUUUAUCUACAUUUUUCUUGUCAUAAAAGUAUUUCAGAAUUCAUAUUCUGGUCAUGAACAUGUUUGUAUAUGACGCAAAAAUUUCCGUACUCAACAAUGAAGAGGCUAUGUACAGUUUUAGGUGAAAGUCUGAGCUUACAUUUACUUCUUACUCAUGAUAAUGUAUCUGAGUUUAGAGACCAGUGUUUCAGAUUGGUUAUUUUCAAGAUCCAGGUCAAAAUCGACCAGAUAGUUUUGAGACUGGUACUCGAAGUCAGCUUUAUAACUUGGUACCUAGUAUAGAAUUCUAGAUACCUGAUAUGCGAAUAAUUUAGCAGGAUAACAACCUGUCCUAUAUAGACCGGACAUUUCAGGAACUUUGUAGAUAUCCAUGAGAAGAUUCAUGAAUGAUAUAGCGAAAUAUAACAGUAUAUCCAUUAAUAUAGUAAAGAUGGUUAUUUCUGAGUCUUAACAGAAAAGUUUUGUGUUGCUGUCUUUAAAGUGUCAUAGAUUUUUGCCAUAUAUUGUGAUUGAAAAGCUCAUUUUGUAGAAGCAUUUUUUUUGUUUUUGUUUAUAAAGUGUGUAAUUUUUGGCCAAAGAUUAAAAGAAACAACAUGUUUAUAACUGCAACUGAAAAUAACUCAUUUAUUUGCUUACCAUAAUAAACUACUUAUGAUCAGUACAGGUGGUAUUUCAGUAUAUAGUGCAAUUUGUAACUCUUGUAAGUGCUUGUUUUUAUGCCCCCGAAGGGAGGCAUAUAGUUUUUGAACCGUCUGUCGGUCUGUCCGCAAUUUUCGUGUCCUGUCCAUAUCUUUGUCAUCGAUGAAUGGAUUUUCAAAUAACUUGGCAUGAAUGUUUACCACAGUAAGACGACGUGUCGCGCGCAAGACCCAGGUCUGUAGCUCAAAGGUCAAGGUCACACUUAGACAUUAAAGGAUAGUGCAUUGAUGGGCGUGUCCGGUCCAUAUCUUUGUCAUUGAUGGAUGGAUUUUCAAAUAACUUGGCAUGAAUGUGUACCACAGUAAGACGACGUGUCGCGCGCAAGACCCAGGUCCGUAGCUCAAAGGUCAAGGUCACACUUAGACAUUAAAAGAUAGUGCAUUGAUGGGCGUGUCCGGUCCGUAUCUUUGUCAUCCAUGGAUGGAUUUUCAAAUAACUUGGCAUGAAUGUGUACCACAGUAAGACGACGUGUCGCAAGCAAGACCCAGGUCUGUAGCUCAAAGGUCAAGGUCACACUUAGACGUUAAAGGUCAUUUUUCAUGAUAGUGCAUUGAUGGGCGUGUCCGGUCCAUAUCUUUGUCAUUCAUGCAUGGAUUUUAAAAUAACUACGCAUGAAUGUGUGACACAGUAAGACGACGUGUCGCGCGUAAGACCCAGUUCCGUAGGUCAAAGGUCCUAAACUCUAACAUCGGCCAUAACUAUAUAUUCAUUCAUAAGUGCCAUUGGGGGCAUGUGUCAUCCUAUGGAGACAGCUCUUGUUAAUUCUACUUUUGAAUCUGUGAAAAAAAUUAAAUGUUUGUUAUAUGAAUUGUGCUGCAAAUACAUGUCUGCAACUUGUUGUUUUGCACACUGCAGAAAGAACCAGAUAUAUCAUAUGUAACUGUUAGAAGUUAUAACAGGAUGUCUUGAAUAUACAGUUAAACUUGUCUACAGUUUAAUUGAAGCAGUUUCUCUUGAAUGUACAUUCAAACCUCUAUAAAGACCCCCAAUUUUUCAAUUGUCUCUUGAAUGUACAGCCAAACCAAUGUAUAGAUACCACCUGUUCAGUUGUAGCAGUUUCUCUUGAAUGUAUAGUCAAAACUGCUAUUAAUGGAGCAAAGUUUCAAUCUGUCAUGAUUCUAACAAUUUGGCUUAUAUUUCAAAUUGCUGGAGUGUACUAACAUGUAUGCUGAGUCCUUCACAUGAUGUUCACAUGUAUGGGUUAAAUUAUAUUCACAAAUAUAUGUCAGAUUGUACCAGAGCUACUCUACAGUCCAACUAUUUGUUGAGGGCGAAGAUCUCCAAAAUCUGACUGCAAAUUCAUUAGAGUGGCUACAACAACAAGUUCAACAAGAUUCCUUUCUUGCAAGUGUUUGGUUUGAUUAAGAGUCUGAACUCAUGUUUUCUUUAAACCAGAUUGUCAACACUAUGAAUUAAGAAACAGAUUUUUUUUAAUGUCUUUAUCAAAACACCAAGGCCUUUGCAUUUUCUACCACCAGAUGGUAAAUCAAAGCCUGCCUACUUAAUUCAACAGGGAGAGUGCAGAUCUAUGGACCACAGAGGUUGUGCAUUUGAUCCCCGAGCGAGGCAUAUGUUCUCCGUGACAAUUUGAUCAAAGUUUUUGGGUCUGUAAUCAUUUGUUGUCCACAUCUGAUUCAUGUGGGAAGUUGGCAGUUACUUUCUGAGGACACGUUUGUACUGGUAAAGAAUCCAGGAACACUGGUUACAUUAACUGCCUGCUGUCAUAUAACUGAAAUCCUGUUGAAAAAUGGUAUUUAACCCAAAACAAACAAGGAGGCCUUGUUUAUUUUUAUUCUAACAUGUCCAGACAAUAAAAAUUAUGCUAAACUUCUUUCAUCCUUGUAAUGAAACAGACAACAGGCUGUUUCACAUUGUAUUUAACAUCAUAAUGUUCUCUAACUAGUCCUUAAUAUCAACCAUUGUUUAUCACAAAAUAUAGAAUGUUUGACUACCUUUGUUGAUAUGACAGAAAAACUAAACCAUGUUAGAUGUAGCAGAUAGAAUGGAUUAUGAGAUCUAUGACUUAGUUUUACAAGAAGCCAUGUAUUGGACUACUCUCUGAGCUCGUGUUCUGUUAUCUCUCUCGUAUUAAAUUGCUCAGUGGAACUGACGUUUGUAGUAGCUUUGUGCUCCUUUCUGAAUUUGAGUUAAUAAAAAGUAGUUACAAAUUGAUAGAACAUAGAUGUACAUAAUUUAUGUUGAAUAGUGUUGUAUUAGUACAAAUAUAACAGUAUUAAUCAGUCAUGUAUUUUGCAUUAUUUGUUUUGUUUAUUUUAAUUUUUGUGCAAUAUAUAUACAUUCUUUUAUAUUCAAAUUUAUAUAACAAGUUAAUUUAAAGGAAGAGUGGAAAACUCACAAUAUACACCUUUCACAGCAGAUUACUUUUGACUCCUAGAAUACUUUACUUAUAUUGAGCAGACUAAAUGUCAGUUUUCUCAAUUUCAACAAAUCAAUUGGUCAUAACUCCAGAGCAACAAAGACUAUCCACCUGGUUAUCUAACUUUGCCGAGAUAUUAUGCACAUAAACAUUCUGACCAAGUUUGGAGAACAUUGGAUAAAAACUGCUUAAGUUAUAAAGUGGAUACGGUCGAGUUUUGCAAUUUCAAGUAAUGCAAGAACCAUAACUCAAGAAUGACUGGGAGUAUCCAGAUUGUUAUCAAAGUUUUCCGGAAUAGUAUGCCCAUAAACAUUGUGGUCAAGCAUGCUGAAAAUUGGAUAAAAACUACAUAGAGAGCAUACAAUGUCAGUUAUGGCAGUUUUUAGUUAUUUAAGGGCCAUAACUCCAGUACCUCUUGGACAAUCCAGCUGAGUAUUGAACAUAGUUAAGUUCAAUUACUUACUUAAGUAAUUAAGUAAGUAUAAUUACUUAGGUAAUAUGCCCAUAAAUACUGUGACUUAGUUGAAGGGGUUGGCACUGGAUAAGAACUGCUCAAGUUUGAGAGCGGAUAAUUUUAGUGUAUGCUACCUAAUUGCCGCCUGCUGCCAAGUCACCGCCCCACCUGCCAGCUGCAGGUGUUCACAUUAUACCGGGGCGUAUAAAAACUGUAUAAAAUACACAAAAAAAAUUAGUUUUGUAUACAACAGUGUUUUACUCGGUAUGCUCAAGACAUUUUGCAUAAAUAACAAACAUUAAAGGAAAAGGUGCUUAAGAAUUUAUAUCCAUGCUACAAAUUAUCCAUGGGCCUCCAUGAUAAGAGUAGUUCAGGUUGCUGACUUUGAAUCAGUUGCCCCUUAAAACCAGUGUGGGUUCGAAACCUUGCUUAGGAUGUAGAAUUCUUUAUGUAAGGAAGCUAUCCAGCUGGCCUAGGGAAGAUUGGUAGUUCUACCCUGGUGUCCGCCCGUGAUGAAAUGCCCGGAGAAGUACCUAGGGCCUUCCUCUAUUAUCAAAAGCCAGAAAGUUGCCAUACGACCUUUAAUUGUGUCAGUGUAACAGCAAAACAAAAUAUCCACAGUAAUUAUAUUUUCUCACUUUUUUAAAUAAAUUUUAAAUACAAAUAAGUUGUGUUACAUCUCCUUUAUGUAUUUUUUUUAAAACUUAAAGUGCUAUGUUUUGUACAUUUUUUUUCUUUAGUUUAUAUUACCUAAGAAUUGUAGAAAAUAUUUAUGUAAGUUUACUGUUAGAUUUUUGGACCAUACUUCAUAUACUUCAAUAUACUGGUAUCAUAUGUUUGUUAGACAAAAUAUGAAGAUGCUUUUGAAGGUGAGAACUUAUUGUUAUUACAUUUCAGUAUCCUAGUGACAUAGAAUGUUUAAAUGCUGAGUAACACUUGCCAAAAUUAAAAGAAAGAUAAUUUCAUUUAAAAUUAUGAACAGAUUUGGUGUCUGUUAAGUUUCAGCAUAAACAAAUGUAUUUGAAUUGAUUGUAGAGAACAUUCUCGUAAGUUAUGUUUAUACUGCUCGAUGAUUGCUUUCUGGAGUUUUGGCAAGAUUUCAUACCUUAAGAAACUGCAGCUAAAUGUCACUGUCCUUGAACCUGUGACAUCCAGAUCUAUUGUCUGACACUACCCCGUUCUGCUGUGCCUCAUUUUUUGGUUUUCUUAGUGCUACUUGUUAUAUAUUUUAUUGAUGUUUUGUUUGCAAGAUUCUAUAAACACAUUCUUGUCUGUAAGAAUAAAUUUAUUUGUAUAGAAUUGAAGUAAGAACUAGCUCUUCAUUUGGAAGGAAGAUUCAGAUAUUUUUUAGAUAACAGAUCACGUAUUUGUACUUUUGUACCCAGUUCAUUAAAAUAAGCCACAGAAACCAGUAAGGUAGUUCUGCAUGUUUGAUAAACUGGAAGUAAAGGCAUAAAGUUAUUUAUCCAGAUAAUGUAGAAUAAAGCCAGAAACAAAAAUCAUUUUAUAUAUAAAUGGCAACCAGUGAGUAAAAUCAUAAAAAAAACAGUAAUGUUACUAUCUUUCUAGAGAUCAAAAAAGAUAUUAAAAAGUUUGACAUGUUAAAUAAUUAAUUCCAAUUAAUGCCUCAAAAUUAGCUUAAAAUGUGUGAAUCUCUUAAAUCAUGGUCAAAUAUUUUAAAACAAGCACAUAGACCUAUACAUUUUUUUCCACCAUAUUAUAGACAUGUUAAUUUAUAAUAGUGAGAAGUUUCAUAAAAAUCUACCUUGUAGAAAAAAAUUCUAUUUGCAGAAAUGCCAUCAAAAUUGUGAUUUCCCCAUAUUUGUGACUCACAAUAUGAAAACUUGUGUGGGGCCCAAAUAUUUCAAAUCAAUCUAAAAUUGAAUCAAAUACGUGACCCACUUUCUUUUUUUGUAUACCUAAUUUCGAAGUACAUAAUGAAGUUUUGAAAAAUUAGGGUUAAAUCAAAUUCUACAUUGAAAAAAAAAUAUCCAAAGGUGCAGAACUACCUUAAUUUAGGUAAACAGAGGAAACAAGUUUGCUGAAGAAAAUGAAAGAUACCUGUUUAUUAAAGGAAACAAACGGAAACCAUUUAGUUAAUGACAACAAAAGAAAUCAUUUAAUUACACAAUAUUAAUGGUUUUAUAGCUCGAUGAUUUUCCUUUUUCCAUCUAUUGAAUCAUACAAUUAUAUCACAAAUCAAUUCAAGAAAAAAAAAAACUUGUAUAGAUCCAUGCCUGAUAUUGUCUGUUGGCUUUUCAGAUUGUUCUGUUAAAAAUCAAUAUUUUUGUUGUCUUUUGCUUUAAUUAAGGUUAUUUUAGUUUAUAUUUCACAAUAAUACAGUAUAAUUUAACAUAUAUGAAUACUGUAAUGUACACGACCUUAAAAAUACAUGAAAAAUCUGUACGGGAAAAUAUACUUAUAUCUCCCUUUAACGUAGUGUAAUACAUUCAGUGAAAUUUUACUUGCUAAAAUCUUCAAAAGAUUUGUAUCUAGAAAGUAUGUAUACCUAUACAUUUUUUGGGAAAAAAAUUGAUUUUCAUUAACCCUUAGCCUGCUGGCGGCAAUUGAUUUUGCCUUUGCAACCAGUGCAGGGUCAUCAUGGUCUGCACUGUUCGCUAUUCAGUCAGUAAAUUUUCAGUGAACACCCCUUUAAAUUAUAAGUGAUGCUGCACAACCAGUCCAUUUUAGAAACUUAGCAGGGUAAGGGUUAAAGGUAAUAAAAUGUCUUACAAAUCAUAAAUUUUUGAAGAAGGUUUUUUAGCUAGAGUAAGCUCUCUUAGAGUCUGAUACCAAAAUGUUUCACUGCAUUCUUUACAUUUUCAUACUUGGGGGAAGAUCCCACUUAGCUACCCACUCCCUGUAAGUGUAGCACAGAAUUUUGUUAUCUUUUCUGUGCCUUCAUAUAUGAGGGUUAUAUCCCACGAACAAUACAUAAAGUGUUCAACAAGUGAAACAAAAUGAUUUUUUGAAAAAAAAGUCUGUGACACGGUUCUCUUUAAUUUAAUAACAAAAAGGUACAAACUGUUUAAGAUUAUAGUGAAAUAGAUGAGUUCAUUGAACAUGUUAUGUCAAUUUUAAAAAAAUCCGCUGAAGUUAUAUUUACUUAUUGGGCAUUUAUUGAAUACAUGGUUUAAUGCAAUGCAUGAAACAAAAAUUACAUAAUAAAAUUAUUUUGAAAGUUA